CCACUGAGGGCGCGGGGCACAAGUUCUUGGGAGGAGGGUGCGGGUUUGCGGCGGGGUCGCCAGCCCCACUUUUCGGAUGAGAAAACGGAGGCCCGCGGAGGAACAAGGCUUUCCCGGGUCGCCGAAAGACUCGAACCCGGAACUCGGAGGGAACAGCACGUGGGGGGACUCGUAACCUAGGCCCGGGGGUUAGGGCGGCGCGAGUGCGCUGCCUGAGGCUGGUAACGGGAAAUGCGCUGAUUACUAGUUAUGUUGCUACGCCGCUCGCCACACACCACGUGUUCCCGUUUGCACCGCCUCUAACUGUCCCGGAAGGUCGCCCCUCGGUGGGCGCGGUGCUGGCGGUGGGAGUGCCGCCGGCGGGCACGGGUCAGGCCCUGCUCUUAACCCAAGAGUAAACCAAGACGCAGAGGUGACUUGGCUGAGCCACGCGGCCGGCUACUCGCGGAGCUGAGGUUGGAGACUCGCGGUCUGAUUCCAGAGCUUCCCCGUCUGGUGCCCAGUGGACUCCAGGGAGCCCUCCGCUGGGAAGACAUCCCGCAGAAAAAAAACAAAAGUUGGUCCCCGCCUGCGGUUUCUCACCUAGGAAGUCUCCAGCCCGCGGUCUGAGGGCCUCCCCGCGCAACCAUGAACUGUCCCUGAGCUGACACCCAAACCCUCCAGGCCCAGUUGUCCAGUCUUGUAAAGAGAAGUUAGCCUUCAUUCAUUCCGCAGAUAUUCAUAAAGUACCUUCUCCAUGCCAGGGAAGGAUCGAAUCAUAUUUGUGACCAAAGAAGACCAUGAGACUCCAAGCAACGCAGAGCUGGUGGCCGAUGACCCCAAUGAUCCGUACGAGGAGCAUGGACUGAUCCUGCCAAACGGAGACAUCAACUGGAACUGCCCAUGCCUUGGGGGGAUGGCCAGUGGCCCGUGCGGGGAACAGUUCAAGGCAGCCUUUUCCUGCUUCCACUACAGCAAGGAGGAUGUCAAGGGGUCGGACUGUGUAGACCAGUUCCGGGCCAUGCAGGAGUGCAUGCAGAAGUACCCAGACCUCUACCCCCAGGAAGAGGAGGAGGAGGAGGAGGAGAAGCCAGCAGACCCCUUACAGGAAGCAGCUGCCUCCGAGGCCAGUGCAACCAAAGAGGAGGCGGCGUCGAGCUAAUGAUGGCCGGGGCACUGGGCUCCAGCCGCCUUCAGAGCCCAGACGAACGUCUCCAAGAACGUGUCUUUUCCCUCCGUUCCGUGCACUGUAAUGUACAAAAUAAGUUAUUGUGCUGUUGGGGUCUUGGCCCCUUGCCGUAUAUACACUGAAAAACGGGGUUGUGUGUAUGUGUGUCUCACACGAACCUGUUGGUGAAUGUCGCUGCCACUUUUGAGUCCUCAGAUUGUCCUGAAUUUUGCCACUUGGAAAUAACGUGCUGAAUCAUCUCAGCAACCAGAAAUCACUAUCUGGGAGUGACUCUUGUGAGUGAGCUGAUUUGUUUUGAUUCUUCGUGUUCCUUUUAGUAGAUUUUAUACCCAGUUGGAAAGUGAAAUAGAAACAGAAUGUUUUCCCUUACAAAUGCUGGAGUGGGGCCAUUCCUUGUAGCAGAGGUGAGGCGAUCAGCCCUCGAGUGUUUGAGGAGGCAGUAUGCUUCGUUUCUGGUUCCUUCUGGUUUCCAGUUUUGCCUUGAGCUCCAGGUUUUCUGCGGUUAGAAAGCAGAGCUUUGGACUCUGAGUGAAUCCCUUUGUAAGUGAAAAGCUCUGCUCUGGGACCGCCUUCACACUGGUUCUGUCUCAGCUUGUCCGGAUGCAGUGCUCCUGAGAGGUGGGGACCUAAUCAUUACCAGAGUGCGAGGCAAGAGAGGAAACGGUGUCAAUUAAAAGGAAAACAUGGUUUUUACCUGA